AUGACGCGUGCUGUCCAGACCCUUUCCGUUCUUCUCCUUGUCUCCUCGCUAUACCUUUCCCUGUUCCUUGGACUCGUUCCCUUGAACGAGACUGUCCAGACUGAAGUCAUUCCAGUUCUCCCAUUCUACGCACUUAUUGUCUUCGCUUGCUAUCUCCUCGCCCGCCUAGGCGUGGCCAUCUUCACUUUCAACGAUGUCCCCGAAGCACACGCCGAGCUACAAAAGGAGAUCGAGCUUGCCAAGGUGGAGUUGCGCCAGGGCAAAGUUGAGGUUGAUUAA